AUGAUUCCCUUUGUGUUUGGCACAGCAACACCCACAGUCAUCCUGAAGCCAGAUGAUGGUUUUGAAACCCUUGACUUCAUUUUUUGGGUGAUGCCUAAACAAUAUCAGCAUGUCCUAGCUUUUGUUUUUGCUUUGAAUGAAAUCAAGAACUCCAAACUCUUACCCAAUACUACACUGGGAUCAAAGAUCUAUGACAAUGCUUUCAACUCACUACGAAGCUCUCAAACCAUUCUGAAAGUCCUCUUUGGAGAACACCUGACUCAUGUCAAUUACAACUGUGACUGGAAGAAGAAAGUAAUGGCCAUUAUUGGUGGAUUCACCUCCCAAAACUCCAUCCAAAUGGCCAACCUUUUAACUACAUACAAGAUUCCACAGCUUUAUUCAUUUUUGAGAAAUGUUCACUUUAACAAUUCCGCUGGAGAUGAAAUCUUUUUUUAUGAAAAUGGGAACUUGGCAGCUGGCUACGAUAUUCUGAACUUGGUCACAUUUCCAAAUCAGUCUUUCCAAAAAAUCCAGGUUGGUCAUGUGGCUUCUAAGGCAACUGUAGGUGAAGAGUUCUCCAUUAACAGAAAAUUGCUGAUAUGGAAUCCCAAAUUUCAGCAGAGAGCCCCACACAGCACAUGUGUUGAGAGCUGCCCCACUGGACACAGCAGGAUUGUUCAAGAAGGGAAGCAAGUUUGUUGCUAUGAUUGUGCUCAGUGCCCAGAAGGGAAAUUUGCAGACCAGAUGGAUGCAGACCAAUGUGAGAAAUGCCCAGAAGAUGAAUAUCCAAAUAAGAAAAAAGACCAGUGCGUCCUGAAAUCCAUAACCUACUUGACCUAUGAGGACCCCAUGGGAGCAGGCUUGGCUUCUAUCGCUGCUUUAUGUUUUGUGGCUGCAGUAACAGUGAUGGGGAUCUUUGGCACACACUGGAACACACCCAUUGUCAAAGCCAACAAUCGAAGCAUCACCUGUGUCCUGCUCUCCUCUCUGCUGUUUGGCUUCCCAUGCUCCUUCCUAUUUAUCGGCCAGCCUGGGAUGGUGACCUGCCUUCUCCGGCAAACCCUGUUUGGCAUCAUCUUCUCCCUUGCUGUGUCUUGCAUAUUGGCCAAAACCAUCACCGUGGUGGUUGCCUUCAUGGCCACCAAGCCAGGGAACAGGAUGAGGAAGUGGGUGGGGAAGAGACUGGCCAUGUCAGUCAUCAUUCCCUGUUGUUUAAUUCAAACCGGCAUCUGUGCUCUGUGGUUGGCAACUUCGCCUCCCUUCCCAGAGUUUGACAUGCACUCCCAAGUGGGUCAUAUCAUCAUACAGUGCAAUGAAGGCUCGGAUAUCAUGUUCUACAUUGUACUGGGCUAUAUGGGUCUUCUGGCCACCAUCAGUUUCAUAGUGGCCUUCCUAGCCCGGACAUUGCCUGAUUCUUUCAAUGAAGCCAAGCUGAUCACCUUCAGCAUGCUGGUCUUCUGCAGUGUUUGGAUCUCCUUUGUCCCCACCUAUCUGAGCACCAAGGGGAAAGACAUGGUGGCCGUGGAGAUCUUCUCCAUCUUGGCCUCCAGUGGAGGCUUAUUGGCUUGUAUCUUCUUCCCCAAAUGCUACAUUAUUAUAUUCAGAUCUCAACUGAAUACCAGAGUGCAGCUAGUAAGGAAAAAUUAA